GGUUCAGAGUGGAAAGGUUGACAAGAUGAAGAAAUGGCAGCCGGCGCGCUGCGGUGUUGGCAGUGACCAAAAUGGCUCAUUUCUCGAUAGACCAUUGCUCACACCGACACGGAUUACUUUAAUAUGAGGAAUUUACUUCCAAAUAGAUACAUUCAACUAGGAACGCGUUUCUAAGACUUUGAAGCAUGGCUUUACUGUAUGAGAUGGUUUGGCGCUUUUUGCACGCGCUGCUGUAUGUGCAGCGCGCGCUGGUCGCCUGGUUCCGAGUCCACAUCUGGAGGUGGAAACGGGCCGUGGUGGGCUUAUUGCUGCCGCUUGCCCUCGGCUUUCACAAUCCGAAAAAGACUGGAGCCAUAGGCAAACGGACCAGCCGCCGGGUUCGCUGGGGAGCCGAUGGCAGGACGUUAGAGAAGCUGCCUCUUCAUGUGGGGUUGUUGAUCACUGAGGAGGAGAUCCACUUCACUGACGUCGCCAAUCUAGUGGUCUGGUGCAUGGCAGUGGGCAUCUCAUAUAUCAGUGUGUAUGAUAGUCAAGGUGUCUUCAGGAGGAAUAACUCCAGACUCAUGGAGGAGAUCCUGAAACAGCAACAGGAGCUUUUGGGAAUGGACAUCUCCAAAUACUCGGUGGAGUUUAUGAAGAAUGGUACAGAUACUUCAGAUAAACAAGAGCAUCAAGUUUUACCUUGUCAGUCAGUGGUGAAAGUCUUAUCUCCAGACGAUGGGCGGCUCAGUAUCGUCCAGGCAGCCCAGCAGCUCUGCAGGGCCGUUGAGCAGAAGGAAAAGACAAUCAAAGACAUUAACGUCACUGUGCUGGACUCAUUACUCAGAGAGUCAAAGAACAUACCGGACCCAGACCUGGUGCUGAAGUUCGGCCCUGUGGAAUCCACACUUGGAUUUCUUCCCUGGCACAUUAGACUAACAGAGAUUAUCUCCAUGCCGUCCCACGUAGAUGUCUCUUACGAUGACCUGUUCGGUGCUCUGCAGCGCUAUGCGACGUGCGAGCAGCGGUUGGGCAAGUGAGGAUCAGUCUGCAGAACAGAACAGAAGGAACUGAACGAGCGAGAGGGGAUGGAGGGGGUCCGUCCCUCUCUUCAUGUUUACAGUACAAGCACUGGAACCUCAGCGCCAGCAAUCCGCUGCUGCUGCUCUUCUCCGCCAAGACCUGCCAGGCGUCUCUCUCUCUCUGUGCGUGUGUGUGUGUGUGAUUAUACUUGUGCGUUUGUGUACGUGUGAGUCUCCCGUGAGUAACUACACGCAGAAAAGGGCGCAAGCGCUUCCCUGCAAACAGGCCGGUCGCUCGAGGAGCUUGUU